ACAAGCGAGUAAGACUUAUGCUGCAGUGGCUUAAAUUUGUUUUAAGUUUGUUGACCUCACAUUUGUUUUUGAAAUGCCUCCUAAAAAAGCUUCUGCAGAGCCAACUGCUACAGUCCCAAAGGAUUCAGAGAAUGAAGCCAGUGAAACAAAAACAGAUUCUUCUGAAAGCUCAAGCAAUAAGGCUGCUGGACGGAAAGUUUCUCCACACCCAUCCACAAUGGAGAUGGUGAAAGAAGCUCUGAAAGAGCUGGAUUCCAGAAAGGGUGUUUCGUCUCAAGCCAUCCGGGGCUAUAUAAAAGAGAGAUACACAACUGUGGAUGAGACGAGGCUGAAGUUCAUGGUGCGUCGAAGUCUGAACAAAGGCAUCGAGACUGGUGUGUUUGUGAGGCCUGCAAAUUCUGGGUCAACAACAACCGGUGCCCAAGGACGCUUCCGGGUACCUUCCACAAAGGAGGCUAAGGCACAGUCAAAGGAAAAUGCUGAUCCCAAUGUACAGAAGGCACCUAAACCUAAGAAAGUUAAGGCAACUAAAACCAAGGGUGAAGGAGCAAGCAAAGAAAAGUCCACAAAGAAAAAGGAGGCUGCUGAUGAUGCUAAGCUUAAGAUGCCGGAGAGAGAUGGCACUGCCUCAAAGGUGGCCCCUGCUAAGAAGCCAAAGGCAAAGAAUGCUGCAGGGGAGGGUGGAACUGAGCCCAAACUGAGCAAAGCUAAAAAAGCAUCAAAAGGAGUUGAGGAACCAGCAGCUAAGAAAACCGGAAAGAAAACUGCAAAGGCAGAAGAGGGUGAAUCGGGAGACAAGGGUGCUGAAACGAAAGCCCCGGGGAGACGAGGAAAAAAGUGAUUCAGGGACUUGAAUGGGUUUUUAUUCAAGAUGUUUUAUCUGUGCACUUGUUUACCAAAUAAAGAUUUUUACCUUUUUAA